UCAGUAAUCUGGAAUAAAUUGAAGCGGGCAGAAUUGUUGAGCCGCGUGGACGAGAUUGCAGUUGACACCUCACAAAGCAUCGAGGGUGCACGUUGGAGCACGUGUCAUCUCGCCACGCGCACACACAAAGUAAAAUAUCCCGAAGCAAGACCCCACAUCAAGACACAUUUCCAAAGGGAAGCAGAGGCCAAAUCCACCUGCAGCGCUCAUCAGUGCCUCAGGCCUCAGCCGCCCAUCGCACAGAAUCAUCCACCACAACCAGAUCCGGCGAGUAGUCUCAACCGCAGCUCAAGAAGCCGCGCAAGACCACACCGGCGAGCAAGCGACGACAUGAGCGUGGUGGUGCUGGACGGGUCGACGGUGCGGUCCUUCGUGGCGGACGAGGCCGCCUUCUCCCGCAGCGUGGACGCCCGCUUCGCGGCGCUGGACACCAACGGCGACGGCGUGCUGUCCCGCGCCGAGCUCCGCCGGGCGCUCGAGUCCUUCCGCCUCCUGGACGGCGGAGGGUUCGGGUCCACGGAACCGCCCCCGGUCCCCUCCGAGGUCGCCGCGCUCUACGACUCCGUCUUCGAGCAGUUCGACGCCGACCACAGCGGCGCCGUAGACCACGCGGAGUUCCGCGACGAGAUGCGCCGCAUCAUGCUGGCCGUUGCAGACGGGCUCGGCUCGCAGCCGCUGCAGGUCGCCGUGGACGACCAGGGCGGGAGCUUCCUGCUCGAGGCGGCGGAGCACGAGGAGGCCAUGAUUGCUGCCAGAGUCCGAAAAGAAAGCAAGAAGGAGGCCGACGGCAAGUGAUCGUAGCCGGCCGGUGCCGACGGGUCCGCGUGUCCAGGUGCCGGUAUGUACGUGUGUGAAUAUAUGCGGGAGAAAGGUCUUGUGCGUAGCAAAUAUCAUAAGGAAAACCCCUAGUUGGACGAACCGUAUCUUUUCCUUUUUUAUCCCAUAACCCGUAUUUUUUUGACAAACCCGUAUCGCAAAACCUGUAUCGCAAAAUCCGUAUCGCAAAACCCAUAAUUUCGUUGUCAAA